UGGGCAUAGUUUGUUUCCUUCAUUCACUCAUUCACCCGCCGCCUUGAACUUGAAAAAGCAAAGAGUCAGAGAGGGAGAAACCAUUACAUACAUUAUUAUUUAUAUUUAUGUCUCUGAUUUUGGUUUUUAGUUUCAAUUCCAUGCAUUGCCGCAUUUGACAUUCUCAUUCUGCUUCUGAUUCUUGGUAAUACAAAGCCUUUUUUACUUUAUUUUGUAAAGUCCGUUUACCAUUGCGAACCAGCAGACGAGACGAGAGGAGAGCUGCUGGUGCUACAAAGAGAGAAGAAAAUGAAGUACGUGCUGGUUACAGGAGGUGUAGUGAGCGGCCUUGGGAAAGGGGUAACUGCCAGUAGCAUCGGCCUUCUUCUCAAAUCAUGCGGCCUUCGUGUCACUUCCAUUAAGAUUGAUCCUUAUCUUAACACCGAUGCCGGUACAAUGUCUCCUUUUGAGCAUGGAGAGGUGUUUGUCCUUGAUGAUGGCGGCGAGGUGGACCUCGACCUUGGAAACUAUGAGCGCUUUCUAGACAUCACAUUAACGCGUGAGAAUAAUAUAACAACGGGAAAGAUUUAUCAGUCUGUUAUUGACAAGGAGAGAAAGGGAGAUUAUCUUGGCAAGACUGUGCAGGUUGUUCCUCACAUUACAGAUGAAAUCCAAGAGUGGAUAGAACGUGCUGCAAUGAUACCAGUCGAUGGAAAGGAAGGUCCUGCUGAUGUUUGCGUCAUUGAAUUGGGUGGAACUAUAGGGGAUAUUGAAUCUAUGCCAUUUAUUGAAGCCCUUGGUCAAUUCUCAUACCGUGUAGGCACUGGAAAUUUCUGUUUGGUUCAUGUCAGCCUUGUGCCUGUUCUCAGUGUUGUCGGUGAGCAGAAAACAAAGCCUACCCAGCAUAGUGUUCGGGGACUUAGAGGACUUGGCUUGACCCCAAAUAUUCUUGCUUGCCGCAGUACAAAGGCACUUGAUGACAAUGUCAAGGAAAAACUCUCUCAGUUUUGCCAUGUGCCGGCAGAAAAUAUUGUCACUCUUUAUGAUGUUCCAAAUAUCUGGCACAUACCUUUACUAUUGAGAGACCAAAAGGCACAUGAAGCAAUCUUGAAAGGACUGAACCUUCUAGGGAUUGCAAGGGAACCUGACUUAACAGAGUGGACUGCUAGGACCAAAAAUUAUGACAUGCUUCAUGAUCCUGUUAAAAUUGCUAUGGUUGGAAAAUAUGUUGGGCUUACAGAUUCUUACUUAUCCGUUUUAAAGGCACUUUUGCAUGCAUCAGUUCACCAUCGCAAGAAGCUUGUUGUGGAGUGGGUUGAAGCAAGCCAUCUAGAAGAUAUUACUGCUGAAGAGGAUCCUAACACUUUCAAAGCAGCAUGGAACCAUUUGAAGGGUGCUGAUGGUAUCUUAGUUCCUGGUGGUUUUGGUGAUAGGGGAGUGCAAGGGAAGAUUCUUGCUGCAAAGUAUGCUCGUGAAAGCAAUGUUCCUUUCCUGGGCAUUUGCCUCGGAAUGCAGAUAGCAGUCAUAGAAUAUGCACGUUCUGUUUUAGGUUUGCAUAAUGCAAACAGUAUAGAAUUUGAUCCUAAAACAUCAAAUCCUUGUGUCAUAUUUAUGCCAGAGGGUUCAAAAACUCAUAUGGGAGGAACCAUGCGUCUGGGAACAAGGAGGACUUAUUUGAAGGUUCCUGACUGCAAAUCUGCCAAGUUGUAUGGUGAUGCAACCUUUGUUGAUGAACGGCAUCGACAUAGAUAUGAGGUCAAUCCUGAUAUGAUAUCAGAACUUGAAGCAGCUGGUAUGUCAUUUGUUGGCAGAGAUGAAAGUGGUAGGCGGAUGGAGAUUGUUGAACUACCAAGCCAUCCAUUUUUUAUUGGUGUUCAGUUCCAUCCUGAAUUCAAGUCCAGGCCAGGAAAACCGUCUGCACUUUUCUCAGGACUUAUUGCAGCAUCAUGUGGGGAGUUGGAUGAACUUCUAAACAAGUCUAGUCAUGUCAGCAAAGUAGUGGGAAGUGGGAUAAGUAAUGGAAAAGCCACUUAUAACGGUCAUCAAAAUGGGAGCUAUUUCAAUGCUUUGAACGGAUCAUUAAAUGGUGUGUGCGUCAAUGGCAACGGGGUGCACCAUUAAGGAAAGCUGCGUGGAAGGGUUUUUGAUAGAAAAGUGGUUUACAUUUAUGGGUUUAUGUGUGUCCAAGAGUUUUUGAUAGAGAACUCGGUUCUGUUUGUACAGUUUAAGAGUACGGGUAGGAUUUUAGCAGUUGAAGGGACUUUAUUUUGCAGAAGUAGCUGGUUUUUGAGUGUUAAACGACACAAUAUAUGCAGCACAGAUAGAGGAAGUGGACCGGACAAGUAGGUUAGCGUCCUUUGUUUGCCAGUAUUUUGGGUAAAUCCAUGUUGGAUUUUGAGAGGAGAAUUUCCGGUUGUUUGUCUGUCGUAUGAACAAUUGAAAGACGCUAUACAAAAGCCUAUUAUGGUUGCAGUUAAUGGAAAAAAAUUAUUUA